AUGAGCUCGUCGCCGGCGAUUGAACCAUACACGCUGGACCUAGUUUGCCAGCUCGAUAAUGUUCAAGGCAUGGUCGACGCCCUCGCUUGCGUCCGAUGGAAACGCCAACAGGAUGCUUUAGUCGAGUUAUCCGAACACGGAAUCGUUCUGAUCGUGGAGGAAUCAGGCUGUCUUCAAGCCAAGGUUUAUCUUCAGCGCGAGCUGUUCACGAAAUACGAGUACGGAGCUGAAGGAAGGCCGAAAUUCGGAAUCAGCUUAGGCCUUCUCGUCGAUUGCUUGAACACAUUCUCAUCACCUGGACAUUCAAACACCAUCGAAAUCAAAUAUCCAGGCCCUGACAUGGAGCUUCUUCUCAAAUCUGUUGAUACACUAAACUCAUGCAUCUACUCUGAGAUAAGAACAAGAAUCCCAGAGACCAACGCGUGGGACUAUAACUUCGAGCAGGCAGGAACCGCGCCACUUACUUUUACCGUAAAGUCAUCAGCGUUGAAAGAAGCAAUAGAUGAUCUUGAAUGGCCUGGCUCGAUUUUACAGAUCAGUCUUCAAAAGUCUCCUCCUUGUGUUACCUUUAGAGGAGAAGGUCACGGAGACCUACAGAUAGAUUUCAUGUAUUAUGCCAACACUGAUCUCCUCCUUGCCUUUCAUUGUGAUACCGACGUCUCUUACGGGUACAAGUACAAGUUUUUGAAGGCAACAACGGCGAAUAUUCCGGGGAACGUGGUGAGGGAAAACAGAGGAAGCAAACUGACGAUAGGAAGAGGAGGAAUGUUGAAAGUUCAACACUUGGUUUCGGUUGCUAAAGCUAUAGCUCCACAGGUGGAAUCUGCAGGGUAUCAGCCGCCGAGUCGGAUUGCUUACAUAGAGUUCUUUGUCAAGCCUGAAGAACCUGCUGAUGAUUAG